AUGGAACAAGAAGCGUGGGCCUCGGUUUGUGUCCAUUGCACCAGCCUCCUGGUAAAUGUUCCGGCAUACGUCCUUCUAGUUACUCUGGUAGCGACACUUGCGGGGGCUUUGGUUCUGACCUACGUCAUUGUCCUCAUCGUUGCCCCAGUACCGCGAAGUCCCCUACCAGAAGAAAAGCGAUACCGAACCCUCUCUAAAGAGGGAUCGAUCACGGAAUCCCAGCAGCUGCCCUGCUGGCAAGAUGCCCUUAAAAAACGAACGCGGCGUAUGCCGGAUCACACCGCUAUGGAAGAAGCGGAACUAUUCAUGUCCCUCGUAGUACCAGCUUACAAUGAGGAGGACCGCCUAGGAGGUAUGUUGGAAGAAGCGGUAAAUUAUCUAGAGCGAAUGUAUGGAAUAUUACCGAAUUACUCCAACGAGGAUAAAGAAAGGACGGCUCGGCAGAGGAAAGCAGUCAAGGGGCCGAUGAACGGCCCGGCAGCAAAUCACUGGACGCACGACAUCCGGGGCUGGGAAAUUAUCAUCGUAUCCGACGGGUCCAAAGAUAACACGGAAGAGGUCGCGUUCACCUUUGCUCGGGAUCAUCAGCUCUCAUUACAUCCCAAGGGCUACGCAGGUCCUUGGACACCAAGCACCCAGGAAGGAGUCCAUAUCCCCCCGGGGACAAUCCGAGUAGUGACGUUGACGACAAAUCGAGGCAAGGGCGGCGCUGUCACCCAUGGCAUGAGACAUGUCCGUGGACAGUACGUAGUAUUUGCUGACGCAGACGGAGCAAGCAACUUUGAAGACUUGGGAAAGCUGGUCUCCGCCUGUGAAGAGAUUGAGGAUUCUGAGGGACGUGGCGUAGCAGUGGGUUCCCGAGCACAUAUGGUUGGGAGUGAAGCGGUUGUCAAGCGCUCGAAACUCCGCAACUUCUUGAUGCAUUCCUUCCAUUUGAUCCUAUGGCUCAUGACACCCUCUAAGACGGCUACAAUCAAAGAUACCCAGUGCGGUUUCAAGCUGUUUUCCCGAUCAUCCCUACCAUACAUUAUCCCGUACAUGCAUUCGGAAGGCUGGAUUUUCGACGUGGAGAUGCUUAUGCUUGCUGAAUUUGCGGGGAUCUCAGUGGCUGAAGUUCCUGUUGGUUGGAGGGAGGUCAAAGGGAGCAAACUGAAUGUGCUUCGCGACAGCAUUGGGAUGGCUUGGGGACUUGCGGUGCUGCGAGCCGCGUGGUCGCUUGGUAUCGGACCCGAUUUCCUCCUCGAAGCUGCCUUUGACGAACAGCAAUGA